GGCGCUGGAGCUGAGGCUUGAACGUGGCCGAGUAGCAGACAACGUCGAUUGGCGCUCAGGCUUGAACGUGAGCGUGAGGAGUGGAAAACGAGGAAUUGAGGGGCAAGUAACAGUCGGCAAGGAGAGCUUGAUCGCUUAACGCAUUAGGAGAGGAGUGAGGAGAUGAGGGCCGGACGGCCUUUUGCUUGAGGCGUUAGAGAUGGAGGUUGGAGCAGAGAGUCGCCAAUGACAUCGAUUAGAUAGGAGAUGAGCCGAUUUGGAACAAUUAGGUUAGGGUUUUUCAUUUCCUUACUGGUGCGGACCUGAACGGAACCGGUUUAGAUUUGAUUUCCAUGCACUUGCCCAUGGACGAAAAUUAAACCGAACCAAAUUUGGUCCGAACGAACCGAUCAGUCCGAACUGGAAUUUGCACAUUCCUACUCACAAACAGGUUAUGGGGGAAAUUUCGAGAUUUUCAUUAAUGAUGCAUUGCCAAAUUGGGUGCGUUUCAAUUGUCGAUACACGACGCCGUUCUGGUGCAACACAGCCACACCAACUUACUGACACUAUCUAUAAGCUAAGUUGAGGAACCAGAGGGGUUUAGGUUUACCUAUCGCUACUUAAAACCCUUCCUGCUCUAAUGUAUUGUUUUUAAUAUAAACUUAAUCCCGAUUCAUGGAGGUUUUCAAUCGUCCUUUCCAUAACGGCACUAUAGUUUUCUCGGCUCUCACUCCCAAAAUUCCCGUUAAAACUUGCAACAAUAAAAUCUCUCGUAGAUUUCAAAAGCCUGUCUCGAAAUACAGCAAAAUCCUCUCAUUCCCUUGCUGUUUCCUCUUACAUGCUUCCAGAUUUCGCAUUUCAGCUCACUUUGGUCGUCCUCCCAGUCGUCGAAAUUCACUAAGGAAAAAGCUUCUUCAUAAUCAGAAGGUGCGUCAAAAUCUGAUUGCUCUAGACCCGGCUUCUGAUUUUGGAGACCCACUUCGUAGUUUUGAUGAUAAAUGGAAUUUUCAAGAAAAUCAAAGUGACGUUAAUGUUAAAGAUAACUUUUUAAAUUCUGGGUUUGUUGAUACGGGUGAUUUAGUUGAGUGCAGCGAUAAGGAACUAAAACUGAAAAGUUUAGGUGAGUCUCCUUUGGUGAUUGAGAUGGAAGAUUGGCUAAAUCGGUACAAGAAAGAUACUGGGUAUUGGGGUAUAGGUUCUGGUCCAAUUUUUACAGUAUUCAAAGAUUUGAAUGGUAAUGUGGAGAGGGUCGAGGUCAAUGAAGAUGAAAUUUUGAGAAGAAGCCGGGUUGAUAAAGGGAAAUUUGAGGACUUGACAGAUGUACAUUCAAAAAUUUUGCAUGCGAAGUCAUUAGCUAAAGAGGUAGAGACAGGGAAAAGUGAAAUUUCAGAGAAUAGUUCUGUGGCAAAAUUUGUUCUCUUGAAUGGAGAGUCUGGUUUAGCUAACAGGAUCCGCAGUGUGAUUCUUCGUCCCGAUUUUGUUCCUAAAUUAUCCUGGGCUGGGAGAAAUAUAUUCUAUGGUUUCAUUGUGCUUUUGGUGGUGAAAAAAGUAUUCACUUUUGGGAACAAGGAGGUGCACUUGACAGAAUUGGACAAGGAAAUGAUGAGAAGAAAGAUAAAGUCUAGAAGCGAGAAGGAGUUGUUGGAGAAGGGUUGUAUAGAAGUUGUUAAAGAGGCUUCAGAAUUGCCAGCGGUAUCAAUUCGGAAACCUGAGCUGGAUAAGCAAAAACUUUUAACUAAUAUAUUGAAUGCAACAGCUUCCAAGGAUAAAGUAGCUCUCUUGGACUCUUCUAGUACUCAUAAUGUUGACUCUAUUGAUAUUGAUGAUAAAAUUAAGGAGGUUAGAGAAAUGGCGAAGCAAGCUCGGGAGAUUGAAGGUAGUGAACAAUGUCUGGAAGGUAAGGAUGAAAAAGAAAAGCAGCCUGGAAAUGAAGAAAUGUAUAAUGAGAUGGAAGUGAUCGAAAAACUAAAAAAUGAUAUGAGUUUUAUCAGUAGCGUCCCAAGUAGGAAUAACUGUGAAACUGAUGUGUCUAUAGAAAGUGCCAAGACUGAUUUUCCUGAGUCAGUUGUUUCUGUAGAGAAUGCAGCUGUGCAAGCUUCUAGUUCUUCAAAAAUAGAAGUUUCAGAAAACAUGCAAAACACAUCACAAGACUUAAAACUUCGUGAGAAUAUGCAGCACUUAAUGGUCACUGAAGAAGUCAUUCAAUCUUCUGACAUUUCUGGUGGUAAAUCAUGUAUGAAAAAAGAUGGUCCUUUUGGAACAAAACCAAGAGUCAUACGGUCAGUAAAAGAAGCCAGGGAGUUCCUCUCAAGAGAACGUGAGUCAGAAGAGCUUAAUCUAGAACCACUGGUGAAGACUGCAGAGAAAAGUGCUAGCUUUUUAAACUCUCAUGGUGAUAGAGAAUUGUGUGCAAAUACAAGACAGGAUCCAGAUGAUAUUAACAGAGUAUUAGAACCUCUCAUUCACCAGUGGACGUCAGAAUCUGGAUCUGCUCCAGAUGCUUGUGAGAAGAUUAAAGAGUCCAUAUCUAAGAAAUUUGAUUCUGAAGAUGCUAAUGGCCAUGAAGUGGGUAUUUCUCAAGGGGUCCUAUCAUCAAACUGUGAAAGAACAGGGAUCAAUGACGUAAAAGAAUCGCCAGUAAAUACAGAAAAUUGGUUGGAGAAAAAUUUCCAUGAAGUUGAGCCCAUUGUGAAGAAGAUGGCAAUUGGAUUUAGAGAUAAUUAUAUGCUUGCAAGAGAAAAAGUAGGUCCGGAGUCGAGUAUAGACACUUUGAUGUCGCAGCUUGGUUCUAAUGAAGAUGAAAAUGAACUUGACUGGAUGAAAGAUGAUAAACUUAGAGAUAUUGUUUUCCAAGUACGAGAAAAUGAGCUAGCCGGCCGGGAUCCAUUUUAUUUAAUCGACACUGAGGAUAAACAUACAUUCUUCCGAGGUCUGGAUAAAAAAGUUGACAAAGAAAAUCAAAAGCUGUCACACUUGCAUGAAUGGCUCCAUUCCAACAUAGAAAAUCUUGAUUAUGGAGCAGAUGGUAUCAGUGUGUAUGAUCCACCAGAAAAAAUCGUUCCACGCUGGAAAGAGCCUACAUUAGAGAAGAACUUGCAAUUUCUCGAUAACUACCAAGAACAACAAAAGGCAUAUUCUUUGGAGGAAGCUACUGCAUCAUUCUCAGUGAAGAAGGAUGAGCAAGCAUUGUUUCAAAAGUCAGCAGAGUCCCCAGCUGAUCAGAAUGUUGCCAGUUCUUCGGUAGAUGAUGAUUUGAAGAAAAACAUACAUGAUAAGAAUAUGAAAAAGGUAAAGACAGUUAUAGAAGGCAGUGAUGGUUCUAUCAGAUCUGGCAAAAAAUCUGGAAAGGAGUAUUGGCAACAUACAAAGAAAUGGUCCCAAGGGUUCUUGGAAUCAUAUAAUGCAGAGACUGACCCAGAAGUUAAAUCCAUUAUGAAGGAUAUAGGCAAGGAUUUAGAUCGAUGGAUCACUGAAGAAGAAAUACAAGAAGCAGCCGACCUGAUGACCAAACUACCUGAAAAGAAUAAGAAAUUCAUGGAAAAGAAACUCAACAAACUCAAAAGAGAAAUGGAGUUGUUUGGAUCACAAGCUGUAGUGAGCAAAUACCGUGAAUAUGUGGAAGAGAAGGAAGAAGAUUAUCUAUGGUGGUUAGAUCUUCCACAUGUACUGUGCAUCGAAUUAUAUACAAUUCAGAAGGGGCAACAGCGAAUAGGCUUUUAUGCAUUGGAGAUGGCUGCAGAUCUUGAGCUAGAACCAAAACCACAUCAUGUGAUUGCUUUUCAAGAUUCUGUGGACUGCAAAAAUCUUUGCCACAUAAUUCAGGCUCAUUUGGACAUGCUUGGAAAUGGAAAUGCAUUUAUUGUUCCGCGGCCACCUAAGGAUGCUUUCAGAGAAGCCAAAGCAAAUGGUUUCGGCAUAACUGUCAUCAGGAAGGGGGAGCUGCAGCUCACUGUGGAUCAGACACUGGAAGAAGUGGAGGAACAGUUAUGUGAGAUUGGGAGCAAGGUGUACCAUGAUAAGAUCAUGCAAGAACGCUCUGUGGACAUGAGCUCCUUGAUGAAGGGUGUUUUUGGCGUCGGUAGUAGGAGAAAACGCAAGGGAGUGCUGAAAAGGCUUGGCCAAAAACGAUCUAGCAAGAAAAGGAGCUGAGUUUUCUCCCUUAACUGGACUUCUUGGCUUCUAAGAGGAGUUUUAGCUGGACAUGCCUUACUACCUGCUGGUCAAAUUCCUAAGUAAUGGCCUGGAACUGCUUUACCAUGGUGAGAGCAUAGCACGUGUUCAUUGUUUCGCUUCCCUCAAAAGUCUAGAAAACCGUGUACUUCUGUGCACGUGGUAAAUGAGCAGACUCAAGAAUGGCAGUUUUGCACGUAUUGUCUCUUGACACAUCAGUGAUCCGUAAAAAUUUUUUCUUGCUAGAUAGUUGGCAAUCUCAGCAGCUAAAUGAUUGAGGCUAAUCAUCAAAUCAUCUGAUAGAUUGAAUCAUUACAGACUUUGUGAGCUAGCGCGAGCCAACUCAUGUGAAGGAUUAUCAACUAAGUAAAAUAUGUCGGUUGCCUUGAUCAUCAGUCUUUUUACAUGGAAACAGUUUACAUGUUCUAUAACGGUUCUGUCUCUUGGUUGAAUUGAUGAUUAAGAAUUGUUUUAGCUGAGAAGGUAUCGAAUCAAUUGAGAAGAAUCUUAGAGACAUUUAUGCGAAGCCAGUUAGUGGGAUCGUACUCUACCAAUUUUUGGGUUGAAAGUCCCAUGUCAUGAGACUACGGGUAUGCACAGUAUAAAAUUGGGUUCUUAGUUGAUUCUGAUUCUCACACACUGUAUCUAGAUUAAAGCAAAUAAAAUUUUCAAAUUAUCUUUCU